AUGGAGUGGAGAAUCAUACUUUUCUUUCUAGUAGGAUUGCCGUUAUCAUUCAGUUAUGAUAAGCUAUCUUACAAAAAAAAAGCCACCCAGUCACUCACAUAUCCAGGUCCGUCCUCGGGCGCUAGUAAUGCCGUUGAUGAAAACACAGCGACAUGCACACGACAAUAUGCCAUUGGGUUAAAUUCUCCGCACGAGACGGUGUGGUGGAAGGUGGAUCUCGGUGGUGUUAACAAUAUCUACAGCAUAACCAUCUCGUUUAAAACCUAUGAUGGGCAUGAGGACCGACAGCGUGGGCGUUUAGCUGGAUUCUCGCUGUACGUAUCAACCACUGGUGACAUAACGGGUUCUACUCAUUGUUACAAGGACGGACCCCAGUUACCUCCCCUGGAAUUUACAACCACUUGUGUACAACACGGACGAUACGUCAUAUUUUACAACGAAAGAAAACAUGGGAUCACUUACCCUAUGGAUUAUCAGACAAGUGCUGUUAAUGAGCUAUGUGAAGUUGUGGUUUUAGGAUGUAACAAAACCGGUGUAUAUGGAAUAGACUGUAACACACUCUGUCCGAACAACUGUCAAAACAAUUUGUGCAACAUUGAAAAUGGAAGCUGUUUUGGCUGUAAACCAGGAUGGAGGGAUACACUCUGUGAUAAAGAAUGUAUAGAAGGAAUGUACGGUCCAAAGUGUCUUCAACAAUGUCCAGGACAUUGUAGAGACAACGUUACUUGUAAUCACGUCACAGGUCAGUGUGGCGGAGGGUGUGAUAAAGGGUGGACAGGAGCCCUUUGUGAUAAAGGUUGUGAUGACGGGACGUAUGGCUAUAACUGUGUCAACAACUGUAAUGGUCCUUGUCUAAACAAUACUCCGUGUAACAAACAGACUGGUUAUUGUGACAGGGGAUGUAAACCUGGAUAUACUAACAUUGAUUGUAGCACAGAGUGUCCAUCACAACAUUAUGGAAUGAAUUGUACAGGACGUUGUAGCGGACACUGUAUAAACAAUGAACCAUGUGACCAUGUUAUUGGAGUGUGUCCAAGUGGGUGCCAGGAUGGGUAUACUGGAGCACUGUGUACUGACGCUUGUGCUGAAGGAUAUUUCGGCGCAAACUGUUCAAGGAAAUGUUCACCUCACUGUAAACCUGAAACAUGUCAACAUGCGAAUGGAUCAUGUACUUGUACUGCAGGUUGGAUGGGUAAUGAUUGUACUACAGGUAAUGCUAUUUAAAAGGAAAUCCACUAUUCCAAUUUCUAAAAUAGCACUUUUGAAUAAGUUUCUAAUCGCGAUAACUU